UUCGAACACUAGGCAGUUCGAUUUUAGACGACUUUGAUACCAUCUAAACAAUCCGUUAAUUUCAGUAACUCAGAAUUAUUGAAAGAAAAAUUGAAAAAUACAACUUAUACUACAUAGUAACGGCUACUCUGUCAGUCGACCUGGGCGGCGAAUCAGCAUCUAACAAUAUUCCGUUUCAGCCAUGGCGGUCACCUCAGUAUGCCCCUUCUCCAAGAGAAAAAUCCAUCCACAAGUGUUCUUCUUCGUUUGCUUGUGCAGUUGUGCGAGAGUGUGCUUUGGCGUCUUGUGCUUGCAGUGGUCAGCAUUUUUUGCUAACCAAUAACCACCACAGCCUCUCGUUCUAUCCCUUUAUUUUGACGGUACUGCCCCCCGAGAUAUAAUAACACUCUUUCUGCCCAUCUCCUCAGUCCUCACAUCCUCCAUUGCUGCAAGUUCAGCUUAGCAGACUCUCUUCUUCUUCUUCUUCUACUUCGACAGCUUGCAUUUCGAACACUCUCGACUCUCCACCACAAUCUAACUGUACAGUAGCUUCUCUAGCCAUAAGGGUUCAGCUUCAACGAUGGCUCUCAUCCAAUUAUGCUCCACCUCGUCGUCCGGAAUUCGACCGUCUCCGACUUCCUUCCCCAGCUGUUCUUCCGGCCUUCCCACCGUCAACAAGGACCCCUCCAUUUCUUUCUCUGGCUUCGUGAAUCCCGGCGCCGGAGUUGGGUCUUCUACAAUGUCCACCAGGAGGAGGAAGGGUUCGGUUCUGACGGUGAGGUCAAGCAUGGAGACGGUCGCCACCGUCGGACAGGUCACGGAGGUUACUAAUGACACAUUCUGGCCUAUUGUUAACUCCGCCGGCGAUAAGACCGUCGUUCUCGACAUGUAUACCCAGUGGUGUGGCCCGUGCAAGGUGAUGGCUCCCAAAUACGAGGAGUUGUCGAAGAAGUACCUCGAUGUGGUGUUUCUGAAGCUGGACUGCAACAAAGAUAACAGGCCAUUGGCCAAGGAGCUUGGGCUUAAGGUGGUACCAACUUUCAAGAUUCUCAAGGAUAAGAAGAUUGUAAAAGAAGUAACGGGUGCCAAAUACGACAACCUUGUUCAGGCAAUCGAUACUGUUCGAUCCGGUUAAAGCUACUGCACUAGAAAGUUAAGAUGCAUCGGCGGCUGAGUAUUCGAUUGGCUGGCUUUGCUAUGAUUUCUACCCUUGUUGCUGCAUCUGUGUUUCUAACUCAUUUAUGUUUCGGCUGCAAUGGAGUCCAACCUGUGAUUCUAUGCAAAGAAGCUGGGUGGGUGAUAGAAGGGAUGAUCUGCAAUCUGCAUUGCGUGUAUUGGUACUGAGAGGGAAACAAUGUAAAUGCGUACAUUACUGUGAUCCAAUUGAAUGAAGAAGAAUGGGUAUGAUAAGGCUUUCCUGAGUUGUCAAGAAAAGAACUUUAAAGCAGUAAAAGGGAAGAGAAUACCGUUAAAGUGGCUAGCGCGGGCAGUUGGUGCUUGCUUUCCUUUUGUUUCAAAUAACUUUUUAAUUAAUUA